CUCCUUUUUUUUUUUUAUAAAUAGUUUUCAUGCCCAUUUAACAGUGUUUUAAUAUUAACUAUUACUUUAGCCUUAUCCAUGUUACCAAUGGAAUGUGGUAUGUGGACUUGCUCUAAAAGUGGUGCUCACGACGACCUGCUCGCAAAUGUAGAGUCAUUACAGAAUCAGCUGAGGAGAACUGAAAAAAAUCUACAAACUGUAGAAAAAGAGCUAUCCAGUACAAGUGAACAUUACAGCCACUGCUUCGAUGAGGUGAUAGACGUCCCUCUGAAGGACUAUGUACAGCCGAAUUACGAUUGUCAAGGGUUUUCCAGCUUGAAGAAUUGUGGUAGAACAUCUCGCCAGGAUUUUCAAAGAAAAUCCAAAUCUUACUCAGUAUCCACAACUUUGGAUGAAAGUGUGGAAGAAAAUGAACAUCUUCAGGAGAAGUUGGAUGCCCUUCAUGAGCAAAAUGCAUCUUUGACUUCUCAGAACUACUACCUAAAGAACAGAGUGGAAACAAUGAACUUUGAAUUGAUGCAAUCAAAAACAAAAAUUUCAUAUCUUGAGGCUGCUUUAGCUACACAUUUAGUCAGCAUUCCAAAGUUGAAAGAACAGAUUGUAAAUUUGGAAGCAGAAGUUUCAGCUCAAGAUAAAAUUCUGAAAGAUGCAGAAGAUAGACUAGAUCAAAAUCAGAAAACAGCAAUGGAAAGAGAACACAUGUUGCAAAGAUAUCAAGAGGGCUAUAAAAAUCUGCAAAUUGAAUUAAUUGAACAAAGCAAGCAAGAAAGGAGAGCACAUCAGCAAAGAAAUGAAGCUUUGUUGAAUGUGGAGGAGCUGACAAGAGCUUUCACAAAGUGUAAAGCAGAAAUAACUGAAAAACUAGAAAGGGCUAAAGCUGAAGAAGUAGUCUUGGGAGAACGUUUAAUUAAUUGUGAAAAAGAAAAAGAGAAGUUGAAUGAAAAGUGUAUCAGCUACCAAAAGGAUCUACACAUCCUAGAAGAGCAACUAAGACAAUUAAAGAAAGAGAAUCACAACACAAAAGAAGAAAUUAAAGCUCUAGAGGAAAAGAACACUGAAAUGACAGUAAUGCUGAGUCAGUCUGAUCAGAAGAUCAUCAAGCUUGAGAGUGAACUUUCUGAAAAAGAAAUAGUACUUAAAGAGAAAGAUGCUCUAAUAAGUGAAAAUGAAGAGCUGACAGCACUAACUGCACAGCAACAUAACCACUUGAAAUUAUGUCGUCAAGAAAUAGAGGUUUCAAGGGAAGAGCUCAAUAUACUAGAAACCAUUAUUUCUCAGUUGUCUUUAAGCCCAUCUGAAGAGGGUAAAUGGCACCCUUUCAAACAGCAGCUAUUGAGUUCCUCAGCAGAAGCUACCUCUGAAUCUUGUGGUGAAUCAAGUAAACCUUUGAUUGCAGAUCUAAGCAUUAAACUGGCAAUGAAAGGAGCAGAAAUUCAAAAGCCUGGUGAAAACUUAACUAUCUGUACUGGAGCUGAUCAUCUUGCGAAUGGUAAUGAAGGACAAGAAGACAGCAGGUUGUGUGACCUGGAAACAGAACCUGUCAAAUUGAUCAGAAAUCCAGGAGAGAGGAGAAAAUAUCAACAGUUGGAACUUAUAAGCAAACAAUUUGAAAAGGUGAGGCAAAAAUUCCAGAAAGAGGUAGAGGAGUUACGCACUAAACUGAUAAAAGCAGAUGAAGAGAAUUCUGCCUUGAGGACCAGCAUGGCUCAAAGAACCAGUCAAUUUCAAAUCAUACAAGAAGACCUACUGAAGAAGGCUUCAAAAACUAAUAGCUUAGAGAGAGAAAUAAGAAAGAAGUCUUCUCAGCUUUCUGCACUUGAGAAACAGUUGGAAGAAAAGACUAUUGCUUAUUCCACUGCUGCAGAAAGAAAUGCUGAGUUGGAACAGGAACUCAUGGGAAAAAACAGAUGCAUUCAUGAGCUGGAAACGACUAUCAGUGAAGAACAUGAGAAAAUAACUUCUGCUAUUGAAAAUGAAAAGUUGCUUCACCUUGAGCAGCACAAAGAAAUGGAGAGACAGAUUGACCUACUUCAGACACAGCUGGAGACAAUGCAUCAACAAUACAUUGAACAAGAGAAAAUAAUAUCUGUGUUACAACAAGAGGUUAUACAGAAACAGCAUCACAUUGAAUCACUGGAUGAGCUGCUAAUAGGAAAUAGAGAGGAAAUGGAAAAUCAAAAUAUCAAGAAAGAUCAAGGACUGAAGAUGCUGGAAAGUCAAUUAACAGAAGAAAAAAUCAAAGUACGACAGCUUGAGUCAGCACUAAAUGUUUGUAAGGAAGAAGUUGCGCUGUAUUUGAGCCAGUCACAAGAAAAUAAACAGAUGUUUGAAAAUCAUCUGAAAGAAAGGUCUGAAGAGCUUCAUUAUUUACAGAAAGAAAUAAAAAUAAAAGGUCAGAAUAUUCAGGACAUGAGUGAACAAAACAUUCUCUUGCAACAAACUUUGCAUCAUCAGCAGCAAAUGUUACAGCAAGAAACUAUUAGAAAUGGGGAGCUGGAAGAUAAUCAAAUUAAACUGGAAAAACAGGUAUCCAACUUGGAAAAAGAGCUUCAGAAACAGAAAGCAUGUGCAGAAGAUAAGUUGAGAAAUGUGGAGGAGAAACUGCGCCUAGCUGCUCACGAAGCAGAUUUAAACAGAAAGAAGGUGGAUGAACUUAAUUCUACAAUCAGACAGAUGAAAUUGGAGAUGGCUCAGUGCAAGAAUGAACUUACUGGCAUGGAAAAAGCAGCAGUCCAAUUAAAACAAGAUGGUGCAAACAAAGCACUGCAGAUAAAUCAGUUGGAUAUCACUCUGGAAGAAGCAAGAUCAGAGCUCAAUAAAAAGGCAAACGAGGUGAAUGAUUUUGAAGAUAAGCUGCUUCAAACUGAGACUUGCCACAGGAAAGCCUUACAGAAAAUAGCAGAACUGGAAUCUGCAUUACAGAAUGCUUGUGGAGAAUUAAAGAUCACUUUAACACAGCUUCGGGAGUUGCAAGAUGCAUUACAGAAUGCACAGUCCUCCCUGGAGGAGAAGAACAUUGCUAUCAUGGAUCUAACAACUGAGCUCAGGUAUUGCAAGGAUGAAAUUGAAGACAAAAAGCAGGAACUCCUUGUCAUGGACCAAGCACUGAAAGAAAGGAACUGGGAGCUGAAACAAAGAGUAGCUCAGAUUACACAAUUGGAUAUGACAGUUCAUGAGCAUAAGGGAGAAAUGGAGCAACAAAUAAUUCAAUUGCAGUGCAAUUUAGAGAAGUCAGAGUUGGAAAUUAAGGAAUGCAAUAAACAGAUUGAGAGCUUAGAGAAGAAACUCCAGCAUUCUAAAGAUGAGCUUCGUGAAAAAGAGUUUGAAUUGCUCCAGAGAAAUCAGGAAAUAAAUCAGCUGAAGAAAAAAAAAUGAAAGAAAACAACAUAGCCUAGAUGCUCUUGGAAAGGUGCAAGAACUGUGAAGAAAUGACAGCUGCUGCCUAUUGGACAAGCAAUAACCCAGAAAUGCUGUUGCUAGCAUCAUAACUGUGCACCCAAAGAGGACAUUUUAAAGUUGUAUUUCUAAAUAAGGAAUGUAGUUAUUUGUACUGAAGCAGAUGACAACCUUUCUAUUUUUCCAACUGUUAGUGAGAUUAUUGCCUUCAUAUAAUAGCAUAUUAAUUUAUCUUUUAUACUUCAGAAUAAAAUUUAUUUAUUUUAAGCUGUAGGGAUGAAUUUCAGCUGUCAUCUUUUUCCAAGGUUUUUAAAUUAUGUACUUGUUUAGUAUCUCACUUCUAAACAAAAGUACAAUGGUACUACCUUAUUAGCAAUUCUUGUUUGGGAAUAUUUUAUCUUCUUUUGUAUGUAUGCAGAGUUGCAGACACAACAUCUUAUUAAAAUGGACCUGUUUGUAAGA